AAUUGUAUUAUUCGGAAAAAAAUGAUAAAUAUAGAAUGAUAAAUUAAAUUAAGCUGGCUAGUCAUGUCUAGCUAGCAAACCAAAACCACUAUGCAUCAUCCAUGCAGGAAAAAAAAGUUUAACGUAAAUGGGGACUCCAGAAGACAAGCGUGAUCUGAGUACACGGUCGGACUUGGCUAUGUUACAAGAGAAAGGAUUCAUACUUGGCAAGCUCAUUGGAGAAGGGUCGUAUGCUAAAGUGUACAAGGCAAUUCGUAUGACAGACGAGACCCACAACACGAUGUUGGCGUGUAAAGUGAUUGACACGGCGUGUGCGCCCCGCGAGUAUCUCUCCAAGUUCCUGCCGCGUGAGCUGGACAUCCUCAUCCGCCUCAACCACCCGCACAUCGUGGCCGUCACCGACAUCAUCCAGCGCCGCUCCAGAUACUACAUAUUCCAGCGAUUCGCCGAAAACGGGGACCUACUCAACUACGUGACAAGCAACGGUGCCCUACCCGAAAACCAGUGCCGGCUCUGGAUGCGACAAAUUAGCUGCGGUCUCCACUACAUCCACACUUUAAACAUCGCGCACCGAGAUCUCAAAUGCGAAAACAUAUUGAUCACAACAAAUUACAAUGUAAAAAUAACAGAUUUCGGAUUCGCGCGCGGAGUUCGCUGCAAGGAUCGGGACGUUUUGUCGGAGACAUUCUGCGGGUCGCUUUCCUACGCCGCGCCAGAAGUACUAAAGGGCAUCCCGUAUCUUCCUAAGCUGGCUGACAUGUGGUCCAUGGGGAUCAUUCUUUACACUAUGCUAAACCAAGCCCUACCAUUUCAUGAGACUUCUGCAAGACUGUUGUAUGAGAAACAGGUAAUGAGGAAGUGGCGGUUCCGCUCGAGUGUGGUCAAUCAACUGUCAGAUGAAUGCAAGCGGCAAGUAACCCAGCUGAUGGACCCGGACGCAAAGGCGCGGCCAACCGCCGGCAGUCUUUUUAGCGGGCCCUGGAUCGCGAUGGACCCUCGCCUUCUCAAGUUAACUAAACCGGAAGAGUUAUUACUCAAACAAGCUGUGGCAGCUGUCGAAAAACAGAUGAAGGAUAACGAGGCGGAGACAGAGGUGGAGCGCUUGGCGGAAAUCCGUCGCAAGAGCCGGGCAAAAGGCGAGUGUCCAAUAGUUAUUUAA